UCUAGGACAAUGGCUUCCAAAACCCCAGUUGGAUUUGUUGGUCUGGGUAACAUGGGAAAUCCAAUGGCAAAAAACCUGGUAAAACACGGAUAUCCAGUUAUUACGUAUGAUGUGUUCCCAGAAGCUUGCAAAGAAUUUCAAGACUUGGGUGCUCAGGUAACAGAUUCUCCAGCAGAUGUAGCAGAAAAAGCCGACAGAAUUAUUACCAUGCUGCCUUCUAGUCCCAAUGUGAUAGAAGUUUACACAGGAGCAAAUGGAAUUCUGAAGAAAGUGAAGAAAGGCUCAUUGCUAAUAGAUUCCAGUACUAUAGACCCUGCAGUUUCAAAAGAAUUAGCCAAAGCAGUUGAGAAAAUGGGAGCUGUUUUUAUGGAUGCCCCAGUUUCUGGAGGUGUUGGUGCUGCUCGAGCUGGAAACCUUACUUUCAUGGUGGGUGGAGCGGAGCAGGAAUUUAAUGCUGCCAAAGAGUUGCUGACGUGCAUGGGUUCUAAUGUGGUUUACUGUGGAGAGGUUGGAACUGGACAGGCUGCAAAGAUCUGCAACAAUAUGCUUUUGGGGAUCAGUAUGAUUGGAACUGCUGAGGCGAUGAAUCUUGGAAUCAGAUUAGGCCUUGACCCAAAGCUGCUGGCCAAAAUCCUAAAUAUGAGCUCAGGUCGCUGUUGGUCAAGCGACACGUACAACCCUGUUCCUGGAGUGAUGGAAGGAGUACCAUCUGCUAAUAAUUAUCAAGGUGGCUUUGGAACAACGCUCAUGGCUAAGGAUCUUGGCUUGGCCCAGAUUUCUGCCACCAACACAAAGACACCAGUUCCUUUGGGAUCCCAAGCACAUCAGAUCUACAGGAUGAUGUGUGCAAAAGGCUAUGCCCUGAAAGACUUCUCAGCUGUGUUCCAGUUUUUACGCGAAGAGGAAAACUUGUGAGCUGUCCUUUGGAAAUGGACACAAUAACAAACCACUUUUUUUUUUUAUCCUUAUAGCUCGUUUGAGAAGUACGUUGGUUUAAUCAAACACUGUGCAUCCUGAUCCCAUACAGGCUAAUCAUCUUUGGUUGUCUAGAUCACCGGGGGUUUUGAUAGUUCUGAAAAAAGCAAGGCAGAGGAGGGACUGUUUGGCAAUUAGCCAGACAGUGAUUUCUUUCUUUUUUUUUUCUAAGAACCGUCAAAGUGUUUUUUUUUCCUCUAGAUGCAAUAAAUAAAUAUGUUUUUUAUGAAACACUUUACUGUUUGCAUAUAAAUGGCUACAAACUUAGGUGACUCUUGAAUAAUAAGAGAAUAUUAUAUAGUGAUUUUAUGAUAUGUAGUCAUCUAUUAAAUUUAAAAUUAAUACUUCAUGGAAAAAAGGGAAGAUUUGUUCAAUAAAGAGGCACAGCUUGAAAUGGACUGGUUUAUUUUGUUGGACCUACUAGCCUUGAGUUUAUCAGUAGGGAAUUUUUCCUGGGAUUCAGGUUGCAGAUUAAGUUUAUAGGCACAGGUUUCUAAGUGGAGAGCUGUUACAGCAUGUUUACCUGAUAGACUUAGUUAAAAUAACAUAUAAUAUGUGUCCCUCUUGUAAAUCUCUGUUAUUGUAUUUUGCUGGCCCAAUUUUAUAUUUUCUUGUAUUCUGUCACAUUUUCAGACCUCAAGAACAGCACUUAUCAGAAGUUCUAACAAAGUGUACAUUUGUUUUAGUUAUUUACUGAAGUAUUUUAAAUCUAAACAAACUCCAUUAUUUUGAAGAUAAAUAAAAAUCUAUACUGGUAAAU